CCUCUUUCUAAGCUUAUCCCCUCAAUACCCAUCCCAAUUGCGCCAGCAAUACACACACACAUCCAGUAGGGGAGUACCCAGCCAUGCGCUCUCUCCUCUCCGUCCUGAACCGGACAGCCACCACUACCCCGGCAUGGCGCCCAGCAUCCAGUAUCCUCCGUACCUCUCGACUCUCCGAUUCCCUCUGCACGCGCUGUCUCCUCCGCCGCCAACAACUCCGCUUCUACAACAAUAACCAAUUCUCCGAUGACCAGCGAUGGCUCUCAGUCGUUGAUCAUCCGUCCCAGGUGGUUCGUACGGGCCGGAAACAUGGUCCGGGGUUGAUUAUUCUAGCAUUAAUCCCCAUAAUCUCCUUCGCCCUCGGCACAUGGCAAAUCCAACGAUUGGAAUGGAAAACCGACCUCAUUGCCAAAUACGAAGACCGACUCGUGAAACCCCCUCUCCCAUUACCACCGAAGAUCGAUCCCUCGGUUGUACCCGAAUUCGAUUACCGAAGAGUCACGGCCACGGGAACCUUUCGUCACGAUCAGGAGAUGUUGGUUGGGCCGCGGAUGCGGGAAGGGCAGGAUGGGUUUUUUGUGGUGACGCCGUUGGAGCGCGGGGAAGGGGAGAGUACGGUGUUGGUGAAUCGGGGGUGGAUUUCACGGAAGAUGAAGGAUCAGAAGGAUCGAGGGGUUGGGGCGGUGGAUGGGAAGGAGGUCGUGGUGGAGGGGUUGUUGAGGGAGCCGUGGAAGAAGAAUAUGUUUACGCCUGAGAAUAAGCCCGAGGAAGGGAAGUUUUAUUUUCCUGAUAUUGAGCAGAUGGCUGAGUUGACGGGGAGUCAGGCUGUUUGGAUUGAGGAGACUAUGGUUCCUGAUCUCGUCGAGGCGUAUGAUCGCGAGGCCAAGGGCAUCCCCAUUGGUCGCGCCGCUGAAGUCAACCUCAAGAAUAACCACAGCCAGUAUAUCUUUACAUGGUACGGCUUGUCGCUGGCAACCUCCAUCAUGCUGGGGAUGAUCAUCCGUAAACGUCCCAACGAGGCCACCCGGCGUGUGCGCCAGAGUCGGAACUGGUAGAUGUCGCGUGGUGGUGUUCGGCUUGUAUCUAUAGAGUUCGUGUGUAUGUAUAUCAUGGUGGCAUCGCCAAUCUCAUAUCCUGCAGCAGCUCCUUGGGCAAGUGCUUCUGCGCCAGCGAGAAGAUCGUCGUCGCGCUGUUGACAUGCCGUUGU